UGUGUUUCUCCCGUGGUGGAAUCAUAUUUCUUUUUGAGUCGUUUUAAUAAAAAUAAGUUCGUUUUCUUUUUAGUAAAAGUUAAAAAAUUCAAGAUUUUACCAAUAAAAUAAAAUUAAUUACGUUUUUAUUUUUCUUAAUCACCUUAAUUACAUCCCCAAUCCCAUUUUGACUUUUUCACUCUCUUUCUCUCCUCUCUCUCUCUCAGGUGGAAAAGAAGGUUUACAGAGUUUCUUCUCCGGCGAUUUUCGCCGGCGGCACCGUCUCCCCCUCAUCUCAUCUCUCUCUCUCACACAGACUGAGAGAGUAUCAAGCCUGAAAAAAAAUUCUUAAAGAGAAGAGGAGUGAUCUACGAGAGAGAGAAAAGAAAAGCUCAUAGGGUUCGCGAAAAUGUCGACUGCUCUCAUUUCUAAAAGGGCCACCAUUACCAUAGGAAAAUCUUCCGACCUCUUCAGAACAUCAUUCGCCUUCUUGCGCGGUCUCAGCACCACCACCAGCUCCGCCGCGGACACGGAGAAGCCGAAGCGUAAGAAGAAGAAGAAGAAGAACCUAUUCGAGGUGGCCCAGUUUCUGCCAAACUGGGGCAUUGGCUAUCACAUGGCCAAAACUCACUGGGCCGAGGUCUCUUACGAGAUCACCAAAAUCAACCUCUACAAAGAUGGAAGGCAUGGGAAAGCUUGGGGAAUUGCUCACAAAAAUGGCACGCCAGCUGCAGAUGCCCCGAAGAAAAUCAGCGGUGUCCACAAAGCGCUGUUGGAGAUAUAUCCCCAUGUCAAAAAGAAUCGAAGAAAGUGCGCCAAAACAGAAGAAGAUGGAAACUUCGUGACCAUUUUCAGUUUGUUUGUUGGAACCAGAUGUAGAAGCAAUUCAUAAAGGCCGGUUUAUCGCAGGUGCAAGUGUAGUGAACUGAGUUCUUGUCGACUUUUGAUAGUUAUAUAGCAUUGUGUUAGAUUCUGUAUUGAAGAUCAAUGGUAGUCAAUCCAGUUUUUCGAUCAUCGACCGUGUUGAUAUCUAGACUCUAGAGUCCAAUUUUGUUUUGGUGGUGUUAUUGAUCACUCUGGUUUUUCUAUCAUAUGAUGCGAUUUGCACAUUCUU